ACAUGCCUUUGUUGCUAUAGACCAAGAACUGGUUUAUUUGCGUGUACAUGUGUAGUGUGAAAUGGGAUGCCUGUUCUAAAUAUCUAAUACCCGAAAAGAGUUGUGAUGUUAUUGACAUCUUUCCGAGAAUAAGUUCUGGACUACAUUGUCGGUAGAUUAUACUCUUCAAGGAACGCGUGACGAAGCUUUUCGUGAAUUGAUCCUGCAAAGGUUGAGCUUAUUAGGCAAUAUACUUUGGUUUCAAUUUGCAAUGUGAAGGCAAGUGGUUUUGACAUCGUGGAAGAACGCCAGUACGUUCAGUUGCAUUGACAUUUCCGACACAACAACCAACAGAAACUUGCAUCUAUUACAGGUAUCAUCUGCGAGGUUGGUCAGUGAAGCAUCGUGACGACUGAUCUCACUCUGAGGGGGAUAUGGCCGCGAUUUUCCCGAUGGCUGCCACGCAUCACCGGGCAUAACCUACAAUUCAACAGACUCCUGGUAAAAAAUAGACGUACGGUAUUCUGUAUCACAUCGUUUCAAAGACCAGGUGAACACGAACCCUCGUGGGUCUGUUGUAGCAACGGCGUCAAUAAUUGCGGAAACAAGUCUUGUAUCGAAUUUGGUGAGAAUUUGUUUCACUGACCAGUGAAGGAUCUCCAGCGAAGUCCCCUUGGGAAGCCUGAAAUUGAAAAGGAAAACUGCAGAACAAGCUAUGUGAAUUUCAAAGUUGCCUCACUGAUUAAUUGUCAGUUGUGAAUGCACCGGUGAUACGUUCAAUAUUAGCAAACUUUAUGGGGGAUGGGCGGAAAGAGCUCCAAAACCGAUGUCCACGCAAUGGGCGGAGCUAGGAUGGAGGACCCGUUGUGUCUUCAGGUGGGGGAAGAGAUUCCCGAAGAGCAUCACAAGAAGACGGGACAUCGUUUCAAGUCGAUCAGCGUCAGGAAUCACCUCACGAGCUCCCUAAGCUCACUGAGACCUGGCAGUGGCACCUCUCACCCGUCCGGCGACACGGCUGCUCAGGAGGCCAUACUGGCCAGCAUCCGGCUGGAAGACUACGAGUUUCCCUUCGAGAACGUAGUCUUCGAAGGAGGCGGCAACAAGGGGUUGGCCUACGCAGGAGCCGUCAGGGUGUUUGAGAGAGCAGGGGUGUGGCCUAACAUCCGUCGAUUGGCAGGAGCCAGCGCCGGUUCAAUGUGGGCGAUACUCCUGGGCGUGGGCUACACCUCCCAUGACGUGGAAAGGUUCCUUAGUCUCGACCUCAAGCGGUAUUUUCUAGAUGCCUCCUGCGGAUUUUGUUCACUGAUCCCGAACCUGAUGAAGCACUACGGAUGGCACCCUGCCACAAAACUGUAUAGCUGGUUUGGGGAUCGUCUGGAGCAGGCCACGGGGCUUAGGGACAUCACAUUCCAACAGAUAUAUGACAAAUUUAACACGGAGGUCUGCGUGGUGGUGACCAACGUCAACGUCAUGGAUGCCGAGUAUUGCCACGUCAAGACCACGCCCAACAUGUCCGUCCGGACGGCAAUGCGCAUGUCCAUGGCUAUUCCAGGUUUAUUUACCGCAGUGAAAUACAAGCGAUAUGGACGGGAAGAUUGCUACGUGGACGGCGGGCUGUUGUGCAAUUAUCCCAUUCAUUGCUUCGACGGUUGGUGGUUGUCAAUGAAACCAGAGGACGGUUUCCUACAGCAAUUGCAGCCCCUGGAGAAUGCUGCCAUUCUCAUGCAGAAGAAUGCUCGGUUUGCACCGGUCAACGAUAAGACGAUCGGCUUACUCCUGUUUUCCAGUGACGAACAGGACCUAAUGGUCAACCAACUCGCCCAGAAGAGCGCGUGUAUCCUUCCGGUCGAACGGCCCGAUACCAAGCUGUCAAGGGAGCGUAAAGACGUCAAAUCCCGGCAGAAAGAGGCUUGUCGGGAGCACCGAAUGGUGACGGAAGCCAUGUCGAAGUUCAUGUGCGUUUUAUCGGAAAAUCAGUUGGACCAGCGCGUGGGCCACGUCAGUAGAAAGGAACUGGAAUCAGCGUUCGCAAAUAAAUCUGACGAUUUCACGGAUGAACACGCCAAAACAUUGUUCGGGGAGAACUUCACUAUCGAAGAGAUCUUCAACUAUCUAGACUGUAAUAACGACGGCCAGAUUUCGUUCAACGAGCUGAUGGGUCUCGCCGAGCAGAAAGGCAUCGGUCUGCAGAGCUACUUCCUGGGCUACCAGAGGCAGGACAUCAAGUCACUGCGUGGCUUCCUCGACACGCUGUCCAACACACUUCUGGUCAACGUUAAGCGAGUUUUUACAACGGAAGGUGACUUGGAGCGGACCGUGGGCAUUGAUACUCUUUAUGUGAGUGCUACAGACUUUCAGUUGGAAGAAGAUGAUCGGAAUUUCCUUGUCAAGCAAGGUGAACGGAGUGCCACGACAUUCCUACGGCAGUGGAUAGCGCGCAACCCGGACAAGGCGGUACGAAAGAACAACAAUGCAUCAGUACCCCUCGACCUGCCCACGGCACACGGGCAAACUCGGCAGGGUAUCCCGGUACAGCAGGAGGAGGCGCACGGGUCCAAAUCUUUGACAGUUACCGGUGGCCCGCCGGUGCUGUCGGUGUCUCCAGCGCCUGCCCCACAACGAAUGGAAAGGGAAGUCGAUGAAUAAGCAAUUUAGUCACAGGUAUAGGCAAAUUUAAAGCAGUAACAGGCUUCAGAGUUGUAAUGGAGCCAUCACAAGGCAUCAAACACCAUCAUAAGUCAUCACAUGGCAUCAUAAAUCAUUACAAGGCAUCAAUAAUCAUCGCAAGUCAUCAGUAAUCAUCACAAGUCAUCACAACUCACAAUUAAGGCAUCAUAAAUGCAUCAUAAAUCAUUACAAGUCAUCACGAGGCAUCAUAAGUCUUCGCAAGGCAUCACAAGGCACCAUAAAUCAUCACAAGGCAUUAUACGUCUUCACAGGUCAUCACAAAGGUAUCAUAAAUCAUCACAAAUCAUAACAAUGUAUCAUAAAUCAUCUCAAGUCGCCACAGUGCAUCAUAAAUCAUCACAGAAUUAAUUAUCACUAGGCACAACUUAUUCGAAUUCGUUCCUUUGUCAUGAUUGUUCAUUUGUAGUUAACCGUGUGAACUGACUUGUGAUUUAUAUCUUGUGACUGACUCCGUUACACCUCUUUAAAAGCCUCAAGAUUUUUUCUUCAAAAUCACCGAAAUGUAGAUUUUCCUAAAUAUUUGCCCGUCUUUGACGAGUAAAAGCUGCCAAAUAAUGCCGCCCUUUAAAUAUUGGAGAUGACAAUGUUGCAAAUGAUAAAUAGGUUUUAUUUCGUAUUUCGAGACACAGUCCAGUAUUGCACGCAGUGAGCGUAUGGCCUGGUGUCGGAUUCGACUCGUUUGAAGCAUAACUGGCCUUUUCUUUGACAAUAUUACCAAAUCAGCUGAAGAACAGUAAUGUUCUUAAUUAUUUUGGUUUUGGCAUAUUAAGAUAUUAUUAUCAACUCUUUGGACAGUUGCUGUUUGAUUUCUGUGCAUUCUAUUUAAUGCCCUAUUUGCCUUAUAGGUAUAGCCAAUAGAAAACGUAAUCUGGUCUUAUUUCAAUUUUCUUUUUAUAUACAUGUAAAUAUAUAAAACAUGUUUUGUUUUCAAUCUGUAUUUUUUCUUUUCUUUUUAAUGCAGAUUCCCCUUGAUUAUUGAGUUCUUAUGCACUUGACCGAUUAUGUAUUACAUGUAUUAUAUUUUACCUAUAACUUUUAAAGCAUGCGCACAAAUUAAAUAUACACGACUGCACAAAUACCAGAAACAAAACGAAAGAAAACAUUUCAAAUCUUUAUUAGCAGACACUACAAUUUUUGUUAUUUUUUUGUUUAUACACAAUUUUGUUUUAUAAAAGCGGAAGUAACAUAUUCUCAAGUGAUCUAGUUUUCUGUUGUGAUUUGUUUCUCCUGAAAGUUGACAUUAUAAGCAGAUUGAAUUAUUGAUUUCUAAUCAAAGCACUAUUGGAAUAAAAACUAUACAUGCAUUCGGUAAUAUUAUUUGUUAUUGA